CUUUAGGCACGCCUCUCUCUCUCUCUCUCUCUCACUCUCUCUAUCUCUCUCUGCAAACCUAAGCUUGCAUUGUUAUAUAUACAACUAAUACAAGGGAUACACAGAACCUGCAGCCAAAGACUGUGUCUUCAGCCAUUGGAAUCCAAGUUACAGGCUUCAGUUUCAAGAUCUCCUCAGCUAAUUCAACUGUAGAAAUGGAGGUGAUGAAGUCAUUAUCAGAUGUUGCAGACUCCAAGCAACAACAGGAACAGCAGCAGCAGCAGCAACAACAACAAGAACAGCAGCAGCAGCAGCAACAACAACAACAUUUCCAUGUUUUGGCCGUAGAUGACAGUGUUAUAGAUAGGAAGCUAUUGGAGAGGCUCCUUAAAGGUUCUUCAUACAAAGUGACUUGUGUGGACUCUGGGGACGAAGCUCUCAAAUAUCUGGGUUUGGUUGAUCAUGAUUACCUAAAAUCUGCAGAUUCUUCUUCAUCCACUCCCCCAUCUCCUCAGCAGCAGUCAUCAGAACUAGAGGGCUCAAAAGUCAUCAAUCUGAUCAUGACAGACUACUGUAUGCCCGGGAUGAGCGGCUAUGAUUUGCUGAAAAGGGUCAAGGGAUCUUCUUGGAAAGAUAUACCAGUCGUAGUUAUGUCUUCAGAGAAUGUUCCUUCAAGAAUUAACAUGUGCUUGGAAGAAGGUGCUGAAGAGUUUCUCUUAAAGCCACUUCAGAUAUCAGACUUGAAGAAGCUUCAGCCUUACUUGCUCAAAACCCUUGACCAACCUUCUUGUAACAGUAGCACUGACAGUAGUAACGAGGAUAUUGGUGAUGAUGAUGAUGAUCACAAUGGCCAAAGCAACAUCAGUGAGGAGAUCAAUAAGGGUAGCAUGAUGAAUAAUACUAAUGCAAGUAGUAUUAGCAAGAGGAAGGCAGUGUCAACUGAAACAUCGGAGCGAAUACCCAAGAUGAAAGGUUUAGUUGUAGCAUAGAACAAUAUUGAUCUUUACUACUAGCUCGUACGUACUAGCUAGUAAUGUUGAAAUGGUGGUGGUGGUAGUAGUGAUAGUAUAUGUAUGUAUGUAUUU